UGGUAUUGGAUUCAGAUUUUUCUCAAACGCAUCUUCUUUCUUCGACUCUGUCUUCAUCACUUCGUCUGAGAGUGCAAUAUAUAAAGUAACACUGCAGUCUGCAGCAACAAAUCCCUACUUGAAUUUCAUGUGGGCAGGGACGGUGAGCUGAGAAGCGCAGCAUUCUGGAAAUCCAGGCAGAAUAACUAGGGGAAGAGAAAACGAGUUCAAUCAGAUGGGAUCUUAUGGUGAAGAGGUCUUUUCUUUUAUGAAACUCGCUCUGGAACAGGCAAAGCUUGCGUUGGACAGUCUUGAAGUGCCGGUUGGUUGUGUCAUGGUAGAGGAUGGGAAAGUCAUUGCUUCGGGCAGGAACCGAACUACAGAGACCAGGAAUGCAACAAGGCAUGCUGAGAUGGAAGCCAUCGACGUUUUGCUUGAGCAGUGGAAGAAGAGUGGGCUUUCACCCAGUGAAGUCUCGGAAAGAUUCUCAAAAUGCGUCCUUUAUGUGACUUGCGAGCCCUGCAUAAUGUGUGCUGCCGCCCUGUCUUUUCUAGGCAUCAAAGAAGCGUAUUAUGGAUGUGGAAAUGACAAAUUUGGCGGCUGUGGAUCGAUAUUGUCAUUGCAUACUUGCGCAGGAGUGGCACAGAAGAAGAGCUUCAAAUGUGUAGGAGGAAUCAUGGCAUCUGAGGCAGUUGCUCUUCUGCGUAGCUUCUAUGAACAAGGGAAUCCAAACGCCCCCAAGCCUCACAGGCCGCUGAAGCAAACCGCAUGAUGGUUCUGCUCGUGAGUCUUAUCUACUUUUGGAUGAGCUCAGAAAGUGAAUCAAACAGAAGCUGGUUCUGCAAGAUAGAGAGAUACUUAGCUUGGAAGUCAUGCAUUUUAGUGAAAGCUUAGAAACUGAUGAUCUAAGGAAAAUAACAGCACGUUUGGUUCAUGGAAUGCUAUUCCAUAGGGAAUGAAAUAAGCAAGGAAUAUAUAGAACAUAAAUUGUAUUCUGAUCUAUUGUUUGGUUCGCUGAAGGAAUAGACUUUAGGAAUU